AUGCAAACAGCAAGUGAUGGCUCAGAUGUCCAUAGUUCCAUAAAGGAAAUCAUUGGAUCCUGUGGCUCUCUUAGGAAGGCGAUAGACAAUCACGCCAAUGCUAUAUCUGCACAUCAAUUGACUCUGUUGAUGCUUGUGGAAUCUAUCAAGAUAGGGACACCAUCUGCUUCAGUUGUCGGAAAUACUACCUCUACACAACUCAGUACUCCUGACCCGAAGAAGAUAGUCCCUGGGCCACGCAGACGAGUCAGAUCAGGAGUGACUGUAACAGAUCCUAUUACUCCUAUACAGGAAGACGCUCCCGAGGAUACCCCUCAAAAUGAUCCUAAGGAUGAAAAGGAGACUCCUACACCCUCUGUUGCCCCAAGUGUCCGUAAUCCUAAAGUACGCAGAGUUCGCAGAGUGGUUUCAUCUGCUGAGCCACCACAAAGUGAUGCAGGCACAGAAUACACUACUGAUCUUCCCACGGGAGAUUCGAAGACGAAAGAGAUACGUGUAGAAGAGGCAACACAUGUCAGAAGUUUCGCAGAAUGGUGCAAGAGUGCCAUACCAGAUGAUCCUGUCUUCUCUGAGAUACUCUUUACUUCAGCCGAAGACUUGACAAUACACAAUGAACUCUGCAAGAAUGUAUUGGUGUAUAUUAGAGACCGUAAGAUCCAGGAUAUACAGUAUGACGCAUACGAGGAACUUCGAUCAUCUCACUCUGAAUCAUCUGAAUGGGCAACCGAGAAUAUAUUGAAUAAGAAAUAG